CUAUGACCCCCAUGUUUUAUUCACCUCCUACCUGAGAUGCUUUCCCAUGCCUCUCGGGAACCAGUCGGCAGGUGAGGCCAACAUUAACAUGCACAACUUCCCGUCAUUUAGCAAGAAGGCCCUAGACCUGGAAGCAAAGAUAGGGCAUGGUCAGACACCCACGACGGAUGGUAGGAAAAAGACACUGCCUCCCAACUGGAAAGCGAAGGGACACAUUAUGUUCGUCGACAACGAUGGUUCUACCAUCGAGUUGGACGACGAGUUCCAGGUGGGAGCAGGUUCACAGGCGGGCAGCAUAGUAGCUUCAGGGGGKGGAGUAGUCACUGUCGUAGCCCAGAAGGGUAAGGCGACCGGUAGACACCGUGGAGGUUCCAGAUCUAGGAAUCAAGUAGACCCCAAUGCUCCUCCAUGGGAGAAAGCGGGUCUUAGUGAGGACGUGUGGAGAGACCGGUACACCCGGCAAGCUUGUAUUCGUUGUGGCCAAUAUGGCCAUAACCAAUUUAAGUACCGUAACAGAAAGGUGACCGAGAAGAUCCCGCCUACGAUGGGGCAGGCGUUGGGAUCCUCCGCUCCUGUUGGUAGCAAUGUGGGCAGCAGUUCUGGCACUGCUCCGGGAAACGCACAUCUGAAGCAUGCGUUGACACACCAUGAGGUCUUGAAACUUCCCGAUCCUGACAAACCUUUUGUAGUAACUACGGAUGGUAGCCAACAUGGCAUAGGCGCCGUACUUGCGCAGCAGGAGGGGAAGAAGUUGAGGCCGGUAGAGUACAUGUCCAAAAAGAUGCCCUCUCAGAAGUUGGCUAAGUCCACCUAUGAGAAGGAACUCUAUGCGAUCUACAAGGCGCUCACCCAUUGGAGGCACUAUCUCCUUGGGAGGUUCUUCUACGUCAGGACUGAUCACCAGACCCUGAAGUGGAUGAGAACCCACCUUGUGCUCUCCGACGCUCUGAAGCGUUGGAUUGAAGUUAUAGAGCAGUAUGACUUUGAGCCCCAGUACAUCAACGGCGAGUACAACAAGGUUGCUGAUGUGUUGUCGCGUAGACCAGAUUUCUCCGAUGCGCUGAUCACUCAGUAUGGGCUUGCGGACGAUGUUACUCGCUCUAUGGUGGAAGCCUAUCGCGAGGACCGGUUUAUGUCUGAGAUCAUACGCAGACUCGAGGCGAAGGACAAGGUGACUUCUGCCGAGUUUGAGUUGGUCAACGGACUGUUGUUCCUUGAGAAGGCAGGGAAUAAACGUUUGUGUGUGCCAAAUAGGGAGUCUUUGCAUAGUUUAUUUUUAGGUGAGUGUCAUGAUGCCACCGGACAUUUUGGCUUCAAGAAGACUGCAGCCAAUCUGCUGCAACGGUUGUGGUGGCCCACGAUGAUGAGAGAUGCCAAGUUGCAUGUGGAGACUUGUCAGGUCCGUCAGAGAGACAAGCCUCGUACACAGGCCCCUCUUGCGCUCCUCAAGCCCCUUCCAAUUCCGGAAAGGCUCGAUGAGAGCCUGUCCAUGGACUUCAUGGACAUGCUGGUCACCAGCAAGAGUGGAAUGAGACACAUCUUUGUUAUCAUGGAUAGGUUUAGUAAGUACGCAAGGUUAGUUGCAAUGUCGGAGACAGCGAAGACCGAGUAUGUGAUUAGACUCUUCAAAGAGAACUGGGUCAGAGACUUUGGGCUCCCAAAGUCUAUUGUUAGUGAUAGGGAUGUCCGAUUCCCAAGUGAGUUGUGGAAGGCUGCAGCUGCAGAACAGGGAACACAGCUGCAGAUGACUUCUGGGAACCAUCCCGAGGCCAAUGGCCAAGCAAAGCAGCUUAACCGCGCUGUUGUGGCAUUACAUCAAGCCCAAUCAGGUGGACUGGGAUUAGAAACUUGCUCUCAUCGCCAGCUUGUAUAACAAUGUUGUGCACAGCGCCACUGGAGUAAGUCCUAACAGUCUGCUACUGACUUUCAAGCCUAGACUGCCCCUAGACUUUCUGCUACCUGACAAUCAGUCAACUGCUGCACCCGGCACACUUGAGUUUGCCUAUCGCUAUGAACAAUUGAUGCAGCAGGCAGUAGAACAGAUGCACAAGGCACAGGCGGCAAUGAUAGAAUCUAAGAACAAACACCGCCACCCAUC